ACCCUAUGGUACUGGAGGACCUUGGAUUUUUUUCCUGAGCCUGAAGUUCUGUUGUCUCUAAUUUCAUUCUCCAUAUCACCCCUUAAUUUCUUUGGGACUGCGCAGCCGGACAUCAGGGGUCGUAUUAGGAUCCCCGGUCCCCCCCGCUCUAUACACAAUGUACUUCCAGGACCCUGCAUUUUGGGCCUGCUUCCUGCUAACCUUCUGCUGCACCAUCGCAAGAGAAACCUCGCCACCCACUCCCCGCGUUCAGCUCUCCUUUCGAGAAUUGAAAGCUUCUGGCACCGCUCACUUCUUGAGCUUCCUGCUCAAUACAACAGAUUAUCGAAUUCUGCUAAAAGACGAGGAUCAUGAUCGAAUGUAUGUGGGGAGCAAAGACUUCAUUCUGUCACUUGACCUACAGGAUAUCAACCGCGAGCCACUCAUUAUUCACUGGCCAGCAUCCCCGCAGAGGAUAGAAGAGUGCGUGUUAUCUGGGAAAGACAGCAAUGGGGAAUGUGGCAACUUUAUUCGUCUGAUCCAGCCAUGGAAUAGGACUCAUCUAUACGUUUGCGGCACUGGAGCAUAUAACCCAGUGUGCACCUAUAUCAACCGUGGGCGCAAAGCACAGGCCUCAGAGCUGAAUCACACAGCACCCCCCGGAGGACGAGGGAGCAGAGCUGCUGAUUCCCUGCUCAGCCCAGCACCAGCAGAGCACAAGGACUAUGUAUUUUACCUGGAGCCAGAUCGCGUGGAGUCAGGAAAGGGAAAAUGUGCUUAUGAUCCAAAGCUGGACAGUGUGUCUGCUCUCAUCAAUGAGGAGCUGUACUCUGGAGUGUAUAUAGAUUUCAUGGGGACAGAUGCUGCCAUCUUCCGAGCAAUGGGCAAGCAAGCAGCUAUGAGAACGGACCAAUACAACUCCCGCUGGCUCAAUGACCCAACGUUUGUCCAUGCGCAGCUGAUCCCAGAUAGUGCAGAACGUAAUGACGACAAAUUAUAUUUCUUCUUCCGUGAGAAAUCUACAGAUGCACCACAUAGUCCCACUAUAUAUUCCAGAAUUGGGCGUGUUUGCUUGAAUGAUGAUGGGGGUCAUUGCUGCCUGGUUAAUAAAUGGAGCACAUUCCUGAAAGCUCGGCUCAUAUGCUCUGUACCUGGAGAAGAUGGAAUUGAAACUCACUUUGAUGAAUUACAGGAUGUCUUCAUCCAGCAGACACAAGACAAUAAAAACCCAGUAAUCUACGCCGUCUUUUCUUCCUCUGGAUCUGUGUUCAAGGGAUCAGCAGUGUGCGUAUACUCCAUGGCUGACAUCCGAAUGGUAUUUAAUGGACCAUUUGCCCAUAAGGAGGGACCCAAUUACCAAUGGAUGCCGUAUACAGGGAAGAUUCCGUAUCCCCGUCCUGGCACGUGUCCUGGUGGCACCUUUACUCCUUCCAUGAAGUCAACCAAAGAUUACCCAGAUGAAGUGAUAAACUUCAUGCGAACACACCCAGUUAUGUACAACCCUGUGUAUCCAGUACACCGUCAACCACUGCUGGUGCGCACCAAUGUCAACUACCGAUUCACCACGAUUGCCGUGGACCAGGUUGAUGCCUCUGAUGGUCGAUACGAGGUGCUAUUCUUGGGAACAGAUCAAGGAACUGUGCAGAAAGUAAUUGUUCUUCCCAAAGAUGACUUAGAAACAGAAGAACUCAUCCUUGAAGAAGUAGAGGUGUUCAAGGUGCCGGCGCCUAUCAAAUCCAUGAAGAUUUCGUCUAAGCGACAACAGCUUUACGUGGCAUCCAUGUCUGGGGUGACGCACCUAGCCCUCCACCGUUGUGAUGUUUACGGGGAAGCGUGUGCAGACUGUUGUCUUGCUCGGGACCCAUACUGCGCCUGGGAUGGAAAAACCUGCUCCCGUUACUCAGCUUCCUCUAAGAGACGUAGCAGACGUCAGGAUGUGAGACAUGGAAACCCCAUGAGACAGUGCAGAGGAUACAAUUCAAACGUGAGCAAGAAUGGGAUGGACGCAGUGCAAUAUGGAGUGGAGGGCAGUUCAGCUUUUUUGGAAUGCCAGCCACGUUCCCCACAGGCCUCUGUCAAAUGGAUUCUCCAGAAGGACAAUAGUGACCGGAAAAAGGAGAUCCGCUCUGAAGGACGUUUCUUGAAAACCGAUCAAGGCCUUCUACUGCGCUCUUUGCAACUUGCAGAUGCUGGAGUGUACCACUGCACAGCCACAGAGAACAACUUUAAGCACACUGUGAUGCGUGUGCGCCUCCAUGUUCUGAGUGCUGAGGCAGUCACUGCAGCCCUUCUUCACCCUGAUGCCCCUGCUGCUCUUGCCACCAAUCCUGCUGGCCCCCCAGGAGCCUAUGAUGAUUUAGUUCAGCUCCUCUCUCAGCCAGAGAUGGGACUUAUCAACCAGUACUGCCAGGGAUACUGGCGCCCUCCAGGCUCUGCUCAUAGCGAUGCUAAAGACCUUCAGGACCAAAAACGUGCUAGGAACCGGAGAAAUCACCCACCCACUGGGGAACUACAAACAUGAAAAGGGACAUCCAUUCCCUUGGACUUAUUCUAUUCAUCUCCUUUUGCCCCAAAUGUUUUCUCAUCUGCAGACUGAUCCCUAUUUUAUUUUUACCCAACCCCCUUUUUUAUAUUAAGACAAAAAGCAGAACUAUAAAUAUUAAAUAAAUAUAUAAAUAUAUAUAUAUAGACAGAUGGUUGCUUGAUCCUCCAUGGAUCUCUCAGACUUUAUUUAUUGGGGAGCACAAAACUUCCCCACCAACCCUGUCUGGGAUGCCAUUUGAAGUACAGGGACUUUGUCCUAAUUCGGACAUAUCAGCAUGGGGAACAGUUAUAUCUUGUCACUGGUCUGGAAGCUCAGAUUGUUUUCAUAUUUUUCUGUGUUGGGAGUAUUUUCUGAAACUGGCACUAAAUAUUUCCUGUAGAACUUUGCAACUUUGUCUACUGACCUCAGACGACAGGACCAAUAGGAUAAUAUGAUUUGUACGUUCCAUUACGCAUUCUGCAGACCAUUGCUCUAUGACCACUGUACCAUACAGUCUACAGACAGCCUUUCAGUCACCAGACAAGUUAUACUGUUUCUACAUUUUGCUCUCCAGAUCCUCAUCACGCCAGUAAAUAAAUAAUUCACCAAGCUUUUGUCUUUGGGGAUAUAAAAUAAACACAUAUGGGAUUAGUCACGUAUCUGUAGGAAGCCACCUUUCCCUAAACCUUUCUGUAUGUGGUGCCUACAUUUUUCCCUGUUUGGACUAUACAAAAUAUUCUACAGGACUUUUCCGGGAAGGAGUGAUAAAAUAAAUGUACUAUGGACAAGAAUAAGUGCUGACCAGAGGGCUGCAUUUUCAGAAAGUUUUUCCUUGGUGAUAAACACCACGCUUUGAAAUCUUCCAUUAUUUUAUUAUGUUACAGAAGAAAUAUUGAUGUAAAAUACAAUAUUUUCAGUGGCCUACCUAAAAUUGUCUGCCAUUGUGAAAAUGUACUGGACAUGUAAGUGUUGCAUGAGUGAGCGUUUGCACUUUAUAUAAAAAAAUACAGUUGUGUUUUAUGGGGCCCAGUGCUUCAAAGAUGAUGGCAUUUGGAUUUAUAUAUGUUAGGCAUUGGUAUACGAGAGAGAUGUGUGCAGACAUAAUAGACAACAAAAGCAUUUUUUCUACAAGUCUUCCUUUUUAUAUGUCAUAAGUUAGGAUGUUUGUUUCUUUAUUCAAAUAACAAAUAAUUUCCCUGAAGUUUGUGUAUUAAAAGGGGCGAGGGGCAUAUACAAUAUGUAAAUAAUAAGGGAAUAUAAAAAGUACAUCUCCAGUGUUGGUGAUUAUGGGGGGGGGCGGAGGUAUUUUUUGGUAAACCAGGAAAAAGAACAAUAGACUUGCAAGAGUUAUUGAAACUGAGAGGUAUGUGUCCUUGUGUCCUUGUUUUUGUCAGGGCUGUAACCUCCAUGGAGCAGCUGCCUGAGGUGGUGCAAGGUGAGUGGCGCACUUGAGCAAUGCCCUUGCCCCUGUCUCUUAUGUGACAUCAACGAGGGGCUGCACCUCUGGCCUGCCCCUAGGUACGGUUCUGGAGCUAAUAUGAGAUGUAUGUGUGCUUUAUGACUAGAUGACGGAUACCUGUUGAUGUCUGUAGCUUAAGAUAUGAUAGAUACUGGGGCCGGUGACUGUGCAUUAGGACAUGGCCAAAGGUACCUGGGCUGGCGAUUGUGUAUCAUGGAAAGGAAAUGAGAAUUAUGGAGAUAUUUCUUCUAAUGCCUAUGAAUUAGCAAGACAUGAGAAUUACAUGUACAAAUGUCUCUGUAUUAAGAGGAGGUGAGGCGUAUCAGGACAUGGUGAGAGGUAUUUGCACCCCUAAUAUCUAGAUCUAAGGAUGAGGAGUAAUGUCAUUUUCUCUGGUGUUACCCAUGUAUUAGGAGGGAGUGAAAGGUGUCAGGGGUAUGUUUCUAGUAGGAAGAUCUGAAAUGUGUGUUUUGCGUAAAUAGGUAGCUCUCAUAUUUGUUCCCCCACUCCUUUAGAUAUUUAGUGGGGAGAGUCUGUAUUGUUCAUCUGUAAAUAGUUGUAAAUGAAUAUGUAACUAAGUUUCUCUCAGAGUAUAAAUCUGAAAUGUGCAGUGAAUUCUCUCCUGUGGAUGAAGCAGAAUAUAAUAAAUACAGUCCUGUUUUACACAAUAUGAUAAA